AUGCUUCCCAGAUGCUCGUCCAGCCAGCAACUGACCGGAGUCCUCCUCGUGGUGAUCCUCUUCGCAGCACACGUCGUCCGUGCGGGUCCGCGUUAUAGCUCGCGCAUCGUGGAGAUCCAAACGGGCGCCAUCCGCGGUAUCAUUCUCGAACUCAACUCGCGUCACUUGGAGCCCGUGGAAGUCUUCCGCGGAGUGCCCUACUCGGCUCCUCCCGUAGGUCCUCUGAGGUUCCGGCCGCCUCAGCCGCCGCUCUCGUGGCCGGGUACGCGACUGGCGGACACUUUCGGCGCCGCUUGUCCCCAGAGAUAUCCGGAUGUGAGUAACAGGACGGCGGCCUUGCAGUUUAUGCCCAAGGGACGGUAUCAGUAUUUGAAGAAGUUAGUUCCGCUGUUGGUGAACCAGUCUGAGGAUUGUUUGUUCCUGAAUAUUUACGUUCCUGGGAGUGAACCUUUGGUAAAACCUGGGAAAUGA